AUGUAUGAUUCCGAUGAUUCAACUACAGCAGAUGAAUCAGGAAAAAGAAAAGCUACAGAUGUUUUGGAUGCUUUUCAACAAUCUAAAAAAACCACCAGAUCUCCAAAGAAAGAUGACGGUUCCAACAAAGAAAUGCUAAUGCAAAUUAUGUCUAUGUUAAAAACUCUUAAAGAGGACACAGAAGAAAUAAGAAAACAACAAAAAGAACAAGAUAAGAAAAUUAAGGAGAUUGCCGAGGAACUACAAGAACUCAAAAAAGAACAGAUUGAAAAUAAAAACGAAAUAUCAGCAAUGAAGAAUAAUAAUGAAAAAAUGUUACAAGAAAUUAAUAAUUUGCAGAAAGAAAUAAUGAGUUGCAACGAGCGAAUUCAAUACCUUGAAAGCGACAAAAGAAGGAAAAAUAUAGUUAUACAAGGCAUCCCGAUAACUACAAAUAAUCCAAAGAUAUUAAGAGAAUCAGUAAAAAAUUCUAUCGACAAGGAAAUAGCCGAUACAAAUUUGUUCUCGCCCUACCCCCCCCCCCCCGGCGUAGCUCUUCGUGAAAUUAGACGUUACCAGAAAAGUACUGAGCUACUUAUCAGAAAACUACCUUUUCAACGUCUUGUCCGUGAAAUCGCACAAGAUUUUAAAACAGAUUUACGUUUUCAGAGUUCGGCAGUGAUGGCUUUACAAGAAGCAAGUGAAGCAUAUUUGGUAGGUUUAUUUGAAGAUACCAAUUUAUGCGCUAUUCACGCUAAAAGAGUCACUAUCAUGCCUAAGGACAUCCAGCUGGCUAGAAGAAUCAGAGGAGAAAGGGCAUAAACAAA